AUGAAGUCCACAUCCCUCCCUCUCGCAACCACCCUCCUCGCGACGGCCGCCUCGGCCUUCCAAAUCGGCAAACCGCCCAUGCCCCAAGCAAAAACCACAAUGGCAGACAACUUCCCCUGGCGCGACCCCUUCACCUCGGCAACAACAGACGCCUACACCCCAACCUGCUCCUCGUCAAAGACCUUUGCCGCCACACAGUACACCCUCCACGACCUCUUUGACAAGCCGCCGACGGGCCUCUUCCCCUGGGGCGACGGUCUCAAGACUUUCUUUUCGGGCCGCGAGUACCCCGGCGGCUGGGCCGGCCUCGACCGCCACAUGUACGACCGCAACGUACUCAUGAUGGAGUACGCCGAUGUUCCGUUGCGCGUGCGCGAGUGGAUUGAGGAGGAGGAGCGGGCUGACGGCGCCGGCAAGGGUUUGUUUGCUGUGUUUGAGAAGCCUGCUGGGGAAGAGGAUAAGAUUACGGAGCGGGUAGCUGUUCCUGGCGAGGCUAAGGAGGUUGAUCGUGGGCUUGAUGAGGGGAGGGUUGCUAUUUUUGCGCCGGGAGCGUUGUAUCCUGUUCUUCCUCUGUUUGUUGCCGACGGCAGUGACUGUGAAGCGACGCUCGCCGACUUGAGUAGUUACCAGGCCGUGCCCAAGGAUGCCGCCGUCGUGGCGUGGCCCGUCAGCCAUACCCGUCCCGACACCGCCAAUGGCAAGAGGGACAUCGAGUUCACCGUCAAGGCUCAGGUUCUCAAGGUGAAAGAGGUUGCGCCAGAGGCCGAGGCUGAUGCUGAGGAGUCCAAGGUGUCUGACGAGAAGACGAAGUCGUCUGAUGCGGCCAAGGAUGAGUUGUAA